CACUCUUUAGCCACAAUGUCGCAAACCUCUGCAGCAUCUGUGCUAUUACCGGCGGCGGUGCUGAUAGUGGUGUUGUUGCAGCUCCCGGCGGCCGCAUCAGCAACUGCGGCGCCGCCACCGCAGGCGCCGGUGAUGGGGAAGCCCAACUGCAGCACCACCUGUGGGAACGUGAGCGUGCCGUACCCCUUCGGCUUCGGGCCCUCGCACUGCUACUGGCCCGGGCUCAACCUCACCUGCGACACGAGCCGCAGCGGCCCACCGCGGCUGCUCCUCGGCGACGGCACCCUCCGGGUCACCGACAUCUCCCUCAACAACGGAACCGUUCGCGUCGUGCGUGCCGGCCUCGUCCUAAACGCAACCGGCAACCUCACCUCUGAUGGUUGGAACGCCUCCUUCGGUCGAGGCUUCACGGAGCACGGCUACCAACUGUCGAUCAGAAACGAGCUUGUCGUCUCCGGCUGCAACGUGGUGGCGACGCUCCUAGGGGACAUCGGGGAGAAGACCCCCAGGAUCAUCGGCGGCUGCGCCAGCUUCUGCACCAUAAUCGACAGCGAGGACGGUCCCGGCGCGUACGUCUCGAUGUACAAUUUGGCGGAGGCAAGCAAAUACUGCACCCGCACCGGCGUCUGCUGCCAGGCUUCCAUCUCCCUCAGCGGUCUGCCCAACGGUGUGCAGGCCAGGUGGCUGUACAGUAACCACGCCCCGGAGCUGCUCCUGCAGCAGCCGGUGAACGUGUUCGUCGCGGAGGAGGGGUGGGUCGACGCGAACGGGCUGCUGGGCGACGACGGGCUGGAGGAGGCUCCCAUUCUCCUCGGAUGGAGCGUCACGCGGGGCCUGCCGCAGCACCAAGAUUGCGACAGCGGCAUAGGCCGCAUGGUCUGCAGGAGCGAACACAGCUGGUGCUCGUACAGAGAACAAGGCCGCUUUACAUGUCAAUGCGACAGUGGUUAUGACGGCAACCCUUAUCUGCCGGGCGGGUGCCAAGAUAUCGAUGAGUGCAAGCUCCCACAUGAAGAGAGUAGGUGCUUCGGUGAAUGUAUCAACACGAUCGGGUCAAUGGAUUGCCGGUGCCCGUUUGGAACAUAUGGCAACCCUGGCGUCAAAGGUGGCUGCUUCAAGAUUAGCUCCAGUACCAGAGAUGCACUGUUGCCGACGGUGGCUCCGGCGCUGGUAGGGAAGCCCAACUGCAGCACCACCUGCGGUGGCGUGCGGGUGCCGUACCCCUUCGGCAUCAGCCCUGGGUGCUACUUGCCGGGUUUCAACCUCACUUGCAACACGAGCUACAGUCCCCCGCGGCUACUUCUCCACAAGAACGGCACCCUUGAGGUCAUCGAGAUCUUCUUACCCAACUCCACGAUGCGCGUCAUCCAUCACACCAGCAACACCUUCGACGCCGACCCUUUCGGUGCCCAGCCCGAGUGGGUUGUUUACUUCGACCUCCCCGACAUUGGCGCGCCCUACAUGCUGUCAACGAGGAACGAGCUCAUCCUCUUCGGAUGCGACCUGCAGGCGACCCUGUACAAAAGGAAAGGCAGCAACAAGACCACUGAUAGCAUCAGCCACUGCGCCUCCACCUGCAGCUCCAGCAGCGUACAGAUCAUUGUUGGAGAUCAUCAUAGAGCCCGGCCGCUGGUCUCGACGCAGCACCCCCAUGGCGGGUACUGCUCCGGCCAUGAUGGCUGCUGCCAUGCGCCUAUCUCCCUGGGUAGCACGCCCAAGGGCUUGAAGAUGAAAGGGCUUAACGGAACCACCAGACAGGAGUUUCGUAAUAGUCUGUUGCUUGCGGUCGCGCUCGUCUCGGAAGACGGGCUGACUGAUCAGUGGGGUGUUAUCUUAAAUAGGUCUGACCUUUGGUGGCUCUCUUACAUGGCAUCUCCCCUUGUUCUACGAUGGGCGGUUAAGCAAGGCGUCACCGCUCCUGCCAACUACUCAUUGGGGCCGUGCCUCGGGGACGUAGCCAGUACUGGCCUGCUUUGCAAGAGCAAGGACAGAGUCUGCCAGCAAGAUGAUGGGGGAGGCUUCACAUGCCACUGCAACACCGGCUACCAGGGGAACCCUUACCUCGACGGCGGAUGCCAAGUUAUCGACAAGUGCCACAUCAUGGCGUUAUCAGGCAAACCGUGCUUCGGCAAGUGCAUUAAUUUUCCUGGUGGACACGAGUGCCGGUGCCCUAGAGGAUCCUAUGGCAACCCCUACAAGCCCGGUGGCUGCUCCCCCACAGGUUUAAUCAUUGGUUUGUCUGUUGCUAGUGCCCCGACCGUCCUACUUUUGGUUCUCAUUAUAAUAUUUGUACUCCGCAAAAUUAAGCGGCAUAGGGUAAAAGUACUCAAACAAAAGUACUUCAAGCAAAACCGUGGACAGUUGCUGCAGCAGUUAAUGUCACAAAAAGCAGACAUUGCAGAAAGGAUGAUCAUACCAGUGGAUGAGCUUGCAAAGGCCACAAACAACUUCGAUAGAGCUCGUGAGCUUGGUGGAGGAGGCCACGGUACUGUUUACAAAGGUAUCUUAUCGGAUCUACAUGUUGUAGCCAUUAAGAAGUCAAAGAUCACCAUCCAAAAAGAAAUAGAUGAGUUCAUAAAUGAGGUGGCAAUCCUAUCACAGAUCAACCAUAGGAAUGUGGUCAAACUCUUUGGAUGUUGCCUUGAGACUGAGGUCCCAUUGUUGGUGUAUGAGUUUAUUUCCAAUGGAACCCUUUACCACCACCUUCAUGUUGAAGGACCAAGAUCACUAUCAUGGGGUAACAGGUUGAGGAUCGCAACUGAAGUAGCUACUUCUAUUGCCUAUCUUCACUCGGCAGUUUCAAUACCAAUAAUCCACAGGGACAUAAAGUCAAGUAACAUUCUUCUUGAUGACACAUUGACAGCAAAAGUAUCAGAUUUUGGAGCUUCAAGGUACAUUCCAAUUGAGAAAACAGGAUUGACAACAAGGGUUCAGGGAACAAUAGGAUACUUGGAUCCUAUGUACUUUUACACCAGCCGCCUCACUGAGAAAAGUGAUGUCUAUAGUUUUGGUGUAAUUCUUGUGGAAUUGCUCACUAGGAAGAAACCAUUUUCAUAUUUGUCUGCUGAUGGUGAUGGACUUGUUGCCCAUUUUGUUGGACUAAUUGCUGAGGGAAACCUAGUUCAGAUAAUAGACCCACAAGUUACAGAGGAAGGAGGUAAAGAAGUACAAGAAGUUGCUGCACUUGCAGCAUCCUGUGUAAAUCUGAGAGGUGAAGAAAGGCCAACGAUGCGACAAGUGGAACAUACACUAGAGGGGCUCCGUGGUUCCACAAAGUACAAAGUAGAUGAUAUGGUAGCAGCAGAAUCUGAAAAUGAUAGCAUUGUGAUUAACCGUCCCUCAUCAACUAAAGAAGGACAAUGUUUUGAAGAGUCAAGCAGAAGAUACAGUUUGGAGCAGUCGAUGAUGAUGUCUGCAAGGUACCCUCGGUAGUAUUGAGAGCUUUGUGCCUUAUGCAUUAGCAUUAGAGAUUAGUUAACUUCUCCUAUCUGUAAUUUGAAGUGUGAUGAUAAUAUUAGCGGGAUCCUCUGAUUCUUGCCAUUGCUUUUGUUUUGUUAUUAAUAUGAUUCAGCUUUACACUCAAAUAAAAAAUUGG